GCCAACUCCUUCCUGGCCUGGGGCGGCCCGGCCUUUCUCCCCUCCCCCAAGUGGCCAGCCUCUCAGUGCGCAGGCUCAAACUCGGCGGCGUUAUCCACCUCUGCGCAGGCGCUGUGCCCCUCCCACGGCGGUUGGCCAUAUAGAGGCUGGGGGUGGGGGGAGGUCAAGCGUAGCCUCUUCUCCUUUACCAAGAUGGCGGGUUGUCCCUGUUUCGCCACAGUUCCUACCUUAUGAGCCUGGUUUUCUUACGCUAAUAAGAGUGGAACAGUAAAAGCUGGCAGGCUGACAGGCGGCCUCAGGACGGACCUUCUGGCUACCGACCGUUUUGCUGUGGCUUACCGGAUUACGUGUAGGUGUGAGAUCAGCCAUGAGCUCUGUUGCAGUUUUGACCCAAGAGAGUUUUGCUGAACAUCGAAGUGGGCUGGUUCCGCAACAAAUCAAAGUUGCUACUUUAAACUCGGAAGAGGAGAGCGACCCUCCCACCUACAAAGAUGCCUUCCCUCCACUUCCCGAAAAAGCAGCUGGCCUGGAAAAUGCCCAAGAACCUGUGGGAGCCUGGAGCAACAAGAUCCGGCCCAUCAAGGCUUCUGUCAUCACUCAGGUGUUCCACGUACCCCUGGAGGAGAGAAAAUACAAGGACAUGAACCAAUUUGGAGAAGGAGAACAAGCAAAAAUUUGCCUUGAGAUCAUGCAGAGGACCGGUGCUCACCUGGAGCUAUCUCUGGCCAAAGACCAAGGCCUUUCCAUCAUGGUCUCAGGGAAGCUGGAUGCUGUCAUGAAAGCCCGGAAGGAUAUUGUUGCCAGACUGCAGACACAGGCCUCAGCAACUGUGGCCAUUCCCAAAGAACACCAUCGCUUUGUUAUUGGCAAAAAUGGAGAGAAACUUCAAGACUUGGAGCUAAAAACUGCAACCAAAAUCCAAAUCCCACGCCCAGACGACCCUAGCAAUCAGAUCAAGAUCACAGGCACCAAAGAAGGCAUCGAGAAAGCUCGGCACGAAGUGCUGCUCAUCUCUGCUGAGCAGGAUAAACGUGCUGUGGAGAGGCUAGACGUGGAGAAGGCAUUCCACCCCUUCAUUGCGGGGCCGUAUAAUAGGCUUGUUGGUGAGAUCAUGCAGGAGACAGGCACACGCAUCAACAUCCCCCCUCCCAGCGUCAAUCGAACGGAGAUUGUCUUCACUGGGGAGAAGGAGCAACUGGCACAGGCUGUGGCUCGCAUCAAGAAAAUUUAUGAGGAAAAGAAAAAGAAGACGACAACCAUUGCAGUGGAGGUGAAGAAAUCCCAGCACAAGUAUGUCAUCGGGCCCAAGGGCAAUUCGUUGCAGGAGAUCCUGGAGAGAACUGGAGUUUCUGUUGAGAUCCCACCCUCGGACAGCAUCUCUGAGACGGUGAUACUUCGUGGCGAGCCUGAGAAGUUGGGGCAGGCACUGACUGAAGUAUAUGCCAAGGCCAAUAGCUUCACCGUCUCCUCUGUCACUGCUCCUUCCUGGCUUCACCGUUUCAUCAUUGGCAAGAAAGGGCAGAACCUGGCCAAAAUCACUCAGCAGAUGCCAAAGGUGCACAUUGAGUUCACAGAGGGAGAGGACAGGAUUGCACUGGAGGGCCCCACAGAGGACGUGAAUGUGGCCCAGGAGCAGAUUGAGGCCAUGGUCAAAGAUCUGAUUAACCGGAUGGACUACGUGGAGAUCAACAUCGACCACAAGUUCCACAGACACCUCAUCGGGAAGAGCGGAGCCAACAUAAACAGAAUCAAAGACCAGUACAAGGUGUCUGUGCGCAUCCCUCCUGACAGUGAGAAGAGCAACCUGAUCCGCAUCGAGGGGGACCCGCACGGUGUGCAGCAGGCCAAGCGUGAGCUGCUGGAGCUGGCGUCCCGCAUGGAAAAUGAGCGUACCAAGGAUCUAAUUAUUGAGCAGAGGUUCCACCGCACAAUCAUCGGGCAGAAGGGUGAGCGGAUUCGUGAAAUUCGUGACAAAUUCCCAGAGGUUAUCAUCAACUUUCCAGACCCAGCACAGAAAAGUGAUAUCGUCCAACUCCGAGGGCCCAAGAAUGAGGUGGAAAAAUGUACAAAAUACAUGCAGAAGAUGGUGGCAGAUCUGGUGGAGAAUAGCUAUUCAAUUUCAGUUCCGAUCUUCAAACAGUUUCACAAGAACAUCAUUGGGAAAGGAGGCGCAAACAUUAAAAAGAUUCGUGAGGAAAGCAACACUAAGAUCGACCUUCCAGCAGAGAACAGCAACUCAGAGACCAUCGUUAUCACUGGCAAGCGGGCAAACUGUGAAGCUGCCCGGAGCCGGAUCCUUUCUAUCCAGAAAGACCUGGCCAACAUAGCUGAGGUGGAGGUCUCAAUCCCUGCCAAGCUGCACAACUCCCUCAUCGGCACAAAGGGCCGUCUGAUCCGAUCCAUCAUGGAGGAGUGUGGUGGGGUCCACAUCCACUUUCCUGUGGAAGGGUCAGGAAGCGACACUGUCGUCAUCAGGGGCCCAUCCUCUGAUGUAGAGAAGGCCAAGAAGCAGCUCCUACACCUGGCAGAGGAAAAGCAAACCAAGAGUUUCACCGUGGACAUCCGUGCCAAGCCCGAAUACCACAAAUUCCUCAUUGGCAAAGGGGGUGGCAAAAUCCGCAAGGUGCGCGACAACACUGGAGCCCGCAUCAUAUUCCCAGCAGCCGAGGACAAGGACCAGGACCUGAUCACCAUUGUAGGAAAGGAGGACGCUGUCCGGGAGGCCCAGAAGGAGCUGGAGGCAUUGAUCCAGAACCUGGACAAUGUGGUUGAAGACUACAUGCUGGUGGACCCCAAGCACCACCGCCACUUUGUGAUCCGAAGAGGCCAGGUCUUACGAGAGAUUGCUGAAGAAUACGGUGGGGUGAUGGUCAGCUUCCCGCGCUCUGGCACACAGAGUGACAGAGUCACCCUGAAGGGCGCCAAGGACUGUGUAGAGGCAGCCAAGAGACGCAUUCAGGAGAUCAUCGAGGACCUGGAAGCUCAGGUUACAGUAGAAUGUGCCAUACCCCAGAAAUUCCAUCGGUCUGUCAUGGGCCCCAAAGGUUCCAGAAUCCAGCAGAUUACCCGGGAUUUCAAUGUUCAGAUUAAGUUCCCAGACAGAGAAGAGAACCCAGUUCACAGCAUGGAGCCUGUGGUCCAGGAGAACGGGGACGAAGCUGGUGACGGCAGAGAGGCCAAGGAGGCCGAGCCCGGCUCUCCAAGGAGGUGUGACAUCAUCACCAUCUCUGGCCGGAGAGAGAAGUGUGAGGCUGCCAAGGAGGCCUUGGAGGCUUUGGUUCCUGUUACUAUCGAGGUGGAAGUGCCCUUUGACCUUCACCGAUACAUCAUUGGGCAGAAGGGGAGUGGGAUCCGCAAGAUGAUGGAUGAGUUUGAGGUGAACAUACAUGUCCCCGCACCUGAGCUGCAGUCCGACAUCAUCGCCAUCACGGGCCUCACUGCAAACUUGGACCGUGCCAAGGCAGGGCUGCUAGAGCGAGUGAAGGAACUACAGGCUGAGCAGGAGGACCGGGCUUUAAGGAGUUUUAAGCUGAGUGUCACUGUGGACCCUAAAUAUCAUCCCAAAAUUAUUGGCAGAAAGGGGGCAGUGAUUACCCAAAUCCGCUUGGAACAUGAUGUGAACAUCCAGUUUCCUGAUAAGGACGAUAGCAGUCAGCCUCAGGACCAAAUCACCAUCACAGGAUACGAGAAGAACACAGAAGCUGCCCGGGACGCUAUACUGAGAAUUGUGGGUGAACUUGAACAGAUGGUUUCUGAGGACGUCCCGCUGGACCACCGUGUCCAUGCCCGCAUCAUUGGUGCCCGCGGCAAAGCCAUUCGCAAAAUCAUGGAUGAAUUCAAGGUGGACAUUCGCUUCCCACAGAGUGGGGCCCCAGACCCCAACUGCGUCAGUGUGACGGGGCUCCCCGAGAAUGUGGAGGAGGCCAUAGACCACAUCCUCAACCUGGAGGAGGAAUACCUGGCCGACGUGGUGGAUAGUGAGGUGCUUCAGGUUUAUGCAAAGCCCCCAGCGCACGAGGAGUCUAAGGCACCGUCCAGAGGUUUUGUGGUGCGAGAUGCUCCCUGGACCGCAAACAGCAGUGAGAAGGCUCCAGACAUGAGCAGCUCUGAGGAAUUUCCCAGCUUUGGGGCUCAGGUGGCCCCUAAGACCCUCCCGUGGGGUCCCAAACGAUAAUGAUCAAAAAGCAGAACCUCUCCAGCCUGCUGACCUGAACCCAACUGCACAGUGGUGUGCCUCAUCCAAUCCAGCAGCUGGACGCUCCGUAAAUUGUCGGCACUCUCCCUUUCCCGAGGUCUUGCAGUGAAGCCUGGUGUGGCCAGCUGUGUGCGGCUACUUAUUGGGGCCUGGUCUUCACCCGCUCAGGAUCAGCUCCCUGGCGCGUGGCUCUGGGCCUCCACCGUUUUAACACUAAGCAAAAGUAAUCGAGCAUUUCAUAAUAACACAGACUCCAGCUUCCUGGUCCACCCAGCAUGUCAGCACGCUGACCUUCACCACGAGAGCUCCGCAGUGUGGCUAGGAGUCGACUUCCUGUGUCAUGACCUCAGGAAAUAAAUUUCCUUGACUUUAUAAAAGCCAAAACGUUUCCCUCUUCCUUUCCCACCUCCCUCCUGCCUGUUGUCCAGACUUCCCUUUCCUUAGAGCGUGGUCAGCCCUGCCAGCUGCCGCGCCCAUGCAGCAGACAACAGGGUGGGAGAGGGACCUGGGUCUGGACACAGGCAGGCCAGUGUCCUGGGGCUGGAGGUGAGUGACUCAGUUUCUUAGGUGGUCCUGACUCCACUUGCUUGGGGGUCUGAAAGCACUACAUGUCCCUCAGCCCCACUGCCAUACCCACAGCCCGGGACUGGUCAUCGCAGCCUGGGGUGAGGUCAUACAGGGUGUGCGUACCACCUGGGUUCCCUGUGAUGUCAACGUGUCUUGUCACCUAAGACCAGCAGGAGGUGAGGGACCGACUUUUUCCUCAGGCAAUUGCCUUUGGGUGAUAGCUCAGCUUGUUUGCACCGCCUGCAGGCCCUGAUGCCUGUCCCAGACCCCACGUGUCCACUGCUUUCUUUCUACCUCAGCCAGUGCGGUGGUGGUCUCGGGUGUGAUGAGUGCCACCCCCACACUUGUCUCUCACUUAAUUUCUGGUGGUUGUGGGUUUGCUGUGGAGCCGUGUGCCUGAGCUCCACCUCCUGAGCCAUAGGUGGGUCUGUGGGGUGACCUAGAGUGCAAGUGCAGGUUCCUGCCCCAGGGGACAGGUCAGGCUGUCAGCCUCGAGAGCUGGGCUGCAUCGUCUUGGGGUAGAGUCUGGACCAAGAGGGGGAGGCAUUGUGAGCCCUGAACAGCCGGGUGCUGAGGGCACUCUGCUCCCCACCUAGGGACACAGCAAGACAUCCUAACUGCCAGUCUUAGUGGGUAAGGUGUCCCCCCAAACCCCUGGCAUGGCUGAACAAGAAAGGAUCGUGUCAUAGGUCUCUGAGUCAUCUGGUCUUCCCAGCCCUACCUCUGUCCCCCACAGAGAUGACAGGGCCUCUAGUGAAUUCCCUGCCUGGGUACUUGAGUUCCUAGAAAGCUGACUUGCCCUUCUCACAGCCCUCCCCUGGAGGCUGUCUCUCUGUCUGGACGCCUGCCCCAGAGUUUGCUACUCUGUCUAAUGACUCAAGUUCAGCCAUCUUCAGCCUCUGGGGCUCUGGCACAAAUCCAGGCUUGCUCAGAACACGUCUGAACUCCCUUCUAGGUGAGUCCCCAUCCACUCAAGUGGUGAGGGUAGGAGAGGAAGCAGGGAUGGCAGUGUUCCCUUCAGUGUUCUGGGCUCGGUGUGGGAAGAAGGGGAGAAAGUGCUUGUUUGCCUUUCUGUCCCUGGGGAGCUUUAGAGGAGAGGAUACCCUUCCCUCCAUCCUAUUUCUCCACCUCCCACUUGUGUCCAUUUGACACCCUCCUCUGUCUUUCCCACAGUGUCCUCCAGAAAUGUCAGGCCCCUGCCUCCCCACCCUGAAAAGGGCAGAUUUUAAAUUCUCAACAUAUUUUUGCACAUGUCCGUGUAAUGCUGAAUAUCUUAGGUGCAUCUCUUCCUUCCUCUGUUCAAGGGUCUUUUUUUUUUUUAAAGAUUAUGAAAUGACUGUACCCGGGCCCCUCUUCCCUAAAGCCUCUGAUGCUGUCAGGAGAGCCCUGGGCAUGGCGAGUGGGUCCCUCCCUCUUGUACAAUGUCUUCCGUAGCGAAUGUUUCCACAGCUACAAUCCAUCCCUUGGCCUUAACUUCGAAAUUUGAAGAUUAUAUGCAAACAUGUGUAAAGGCUCAUGAAUACGGAUGACACUGGAAUUUUAUAAAUUCUAAAAUAAAACCCAAAACCAGA